UUGAGUGGUUUAUCAUUUAAAAAAAAAACCUAAUGCUCUCUUGAAAAAAUUGGCAUCUAAUGUCAAAAAGUGACACAUUCCCACAGAACUCAAAAAAUCAUUUUCGAAUACAGUUACAGAAUGACUCAGUGGCGGUAAUAUCCAAAAAGUACUAUCAUUUCACUCAAACCCACCCACCAACACGUGCAACCAACCCACACAAUGGAGUUUGCCCGCCGAGUGUCCGCUCGCUUCGAAACCAAAAGACUGCCGGAGGACGUGGACGAUGGCCUGGAGACGCUGGAGCAAUACAAACAGCGCUGGCUCUCCGUCCGGAUCAUCUACUUCACCAUGUUCCUGAUGGCGCUGGGCUUCAGCAUCAUUCUCACAGGCAUUUGGCCCUACCUCAACAAGCUAGAUCCCACAGCGGGCAAGGAGUUCAUGGGUCUCAUUGUAGCCGCCAAUCCGCUGGGUCAGAUGGUCUUCAGCCCCAUCUUCGGCUGGUGGGGCAACAAGCUGGGCAAGAUUCGCCUGCCCCUGCUCAUUUCGCUGGCUCUGUUCACCCUGGCCAGUGGGAUAUACUCCUCGCUGGAACUGCGCCCGGAUAACGUCAAGUACUGGAUGCUCGCCUCGCGAUUCCUCAUCGGCGUAAGCUCGGCCAACAUUGCCCUGUGCCGGUCCUACCUGUCGGCUGCCACGCGCAUCAGCGAACGCACGCAUGCCGUUUCGAUGGUGUCUCUGGCUCAGGUCCUGGGCUUCAUCAUUGGACCGACUCUGCAGGCGGCCGUCACUCCGCUGGGGGAUCAGGGGCACGUUUGGCUGGGGGGUAUGAUGCACUUCAACAUGUACACGGCAUCCGGAUGGAUCAAUGUGGUGAUGAGCAUUGGAAACUUCAUAAUGUUCCUGCCUGGCAUUUUUGAGGAGCACAAAAUCGCUGCCCGCGAGGUGAUGGUGAUGCAGGGCGGCACUUCGGAGCGAGAGACUUGGAAGGGCAUCAAGCCCAACUACUUCUCCGCCUGGACUUUGAUCGUAGCCUUCUUUGUUCUGGUCUUCAACUUUGUUCUGCUGGAGACAUUGGGCACAUCCCUGACCAUGGACAUGUUCGCUUGGACCGACGACGAGGCCCUCUGGUACAUGGGCCUCAUGAUGACGACCGCAGCUAUUGUCUCCUUGGUCACGUUUGUUCUAAUCGGGCCCAUGUGCAAGCUCCUGGCCGAACGUUAUGUGCUCAUCUGGGGUGGAUUCUCGUUGAUGUUUCUUGGGCGCGUGCUCUUCGUGCCCUGGGGUCCGGAUCCGCCCAAGCUGGCGCAGCCCUUCAAUGAGAGUUUGAAUCUGACCAAGCACGAUCCCCUCUUCUUGGGCUGCCCCUAUGAAACUCAACCUUGGUGUGGCGAACUGCCGGCUCUGACUUUGACGCAGUUCAUCAUUGGAUUUGCCCUCACCUCGGUGGGAUAUCCCAUUGGAGUGACGCUCAUCCAGACGAUAUUCUCAAAGGUUCUGGGACCUAGGCCGCAAGGCGUCUGGAUGGGCCUGCUGACCGGAUCGGGCUGUCUGUCCCGCGUACUUGGUCCACUUUUCGUGGGAUCCAUCUACACUCGGCUGGGCACAGUGUGGACCUUUGGCGUGACCUCGUUCAUGAUGAUCGCUUCGAUGUUUUGGCUGCAGUGCAGCAAUCGACUACUAAUCCCUCCAACAUUCGAGAAGGCCACACCUGUGGAGCUGCAAGAACUGAACAAGCACAAUGGCGGCAAACAGGACGAUCACUCACCCGAAGAGCCCUUCCACGGCAGCCAGCACUCCAUAUCGCACGCGUAGCGGAUGGAGCGCUCCUAGUUCUUAAGACACUUCGUUGCAAUACUGCCCCUUAAUAAGCUUUAAAAUACAUGUUUAUUUUUGCAUA